UUUUCGGUAAUUAAUGGUAAAUACAUGCAGAUAUUAAAAGCAUCAAUUAUCAAGAUCCUGGUGGGCAGGUGUGUGUAUAUAUGUUUGUUGGUGUGCAAAGAAGAGCCAUACGAACCGAUCUUAGUGCAAUUGAAAUCACAAGCUCUCUCUCUCUCAAGCCUACCCUUCUCCGAGUUCUUGCUCAUUCUUGGCCCAGCCUUAGUUUCUUGCUCAUUCUUGGGGAAGUUCAUCUUCGCCAUGAUCAACUUUGAUGUCCUCGUAAAACACGUCUGGGAAGACAACUUCGACGAGGAGAUGAGCAUCAUUAGGAACAGCGUCGUCACCAACUACCCCGUCAUCUCUCUGGCCACCCAUUUUCCGUCCGGCGCCGACAGAGUCCCCACCGGGACUGUCUGGGGAGACCCGGCCGCCAACUACUCGGCACUCCUCGGGACGACGGAGAGAAUGGCGAAGUUGACGCAGGUAGGUCUAGCCUUCUCCGACCAGAAUGGGCAUCUGCCUUGCUGCGGCGAGACCGGGAGGCCCUGCGUGUGGGAGUUCAGCCUCACGCCGCCCGGCGAAGCAGCCGAUCCCGAUAGGGAGGAGGACCUUUCGAAGGGGUCAGGCGGCGGAGUCAGAGCCAAGAAAGGGAUCAACCCUUGGAGCCUGGCCGCCGAUCUCUGGCGCUGCAACUUGCUCAUGAACGACAACGUCAGCUGGGUGGUGUUCAAAGGCGGGUUGGACUUCGUAGCGCUGCUCAGGUGGGCGAGACUCAGCGUUCAGGGCUUGCCCGCUGAGCUCGACGAAUUCCUGAGGCUGCAGCGCCUCUACUUCCCGGUGUGCCACGACAUGGCAGCGGCGUUUAGCUUCCACCCCCUUCUCGGCGACGAUGGGACGAUCCACGUCUUGGCCCGCUCCUUGUGCGUGCGAAUGGAGGAAAUGCCUCCUAGCCGGGCGGCCUCCGACUGCCUGCUGGCCCUCUACCUCUUCAUCACCAUGAAGAGUCUGCCCUUUGGCUUUUAUCUGCUGAAGCACAAGUUGAACGCGGUGUUUGGCCUCACCGCCGAAGAAGAAGCUGAUUACGACCUGCCUACGCUUAGCAAUAUGUCUCUGGUUUGAUGCCUAGGCUCGUGUACAAGUGCCUUCUCUUGGCCCAUCGACUUCGGUGCUUCUGCUAGUUCGCUUUCGAUUUCUUUAGAACGGCUUCCUUGAUAAUGGAGGUUGUGCGAUUUAUCGUUGUUUUUACGUGUUCAUCCACUGCUUCUUAGUUUCUUUCUUGGUCGAAUUUGAGAUCUUGUCUAUAUUUGCAAGUAUCGUAAUAAAAGGUC